CUCCGCCCUUCGACGUCUGACGUGCUGGCUUCUCCCACGAUAUGAUUAGUUCGUAUCGACACCUCCGAUAGUUACCCCAAAGGCUCUCGAGCCCCCUUCCACGACUAUGGCAGCCGACGAACAACCCGCGAACGAAAGCCCCUCAAACCCAGAACUAGACAUCAAGAAGCUACACGCCCUUCCUUCCGAGCAGCAAGACCUAUACCUACUUACUUUCACGUCGGACCUUGCACGUCAUGUCGCCUCACUCGACGCGGACGGCGCUUCGGCUCAUCAGAUAUACAUCAAGAAGGAGAUAUUCCAGAUCAUCAACCUAGCCUCCCCCGCGCCCACACGACUGAUCCGAAACAACUUGGGGCGAGCAAUCGCCGGUAUAUUUGAAAAAGGAGAUCGGAAACUACUCUUUGAGUCCAUAAAUGAGUGUGUUGGCAUAAUCAAUGCUGCCGGCAAGAGCGAGAAGGAUGUCAGGACAAAGCACGCGGCCACCCAUUGCUUGGGUGCCAUAUUCGAGGCGGCUGGAGAUAGUGCAAUCGGGCUGUCGCCAUUUGCAGCAAAAUCUCUUUUAGGCCUCGUCAAGUUCGCUCAAAACUAUACUGGACUUAGAGCGGCGAUUUUCAAGGCGGUGGGAAAGGUGUUCAAAGGAGUCAGCCCAUCAGCGGAUGAAGUCAUUGCACGAGACGCAUGCAAGCAGGCUCGUAAUGCGUGUAGCGACAAGUCUUACCUCGUACAGACAAGCGCAUGCUACUGUCUGGAGCAAUUGAUCCGACACACCACCUUCUUCGACAACUCCAAUGACUUCGAUAAGUUACAGAGUGUCGCAUGGAAGACUAUCGAUAGCGCGUCAUCAUCUGUCAGACACGCAGUAGCUUCAGUUGUAAGCGCUGCGAUAGUCAAGAACUAUUCGGAGAAUGCGCCGGUCGACCUCCCUGUUCUGAUUAGAUCAAAGACAAUGAAGAAGAAGAACAAAAAGGACGACGAUGGCGAUGAAGAUACCAUGGAGCGACCUGAUUCUCCCGCGCUCAAAAAGUCAGCUACUCAGCUCUCUUUUACCAUCACAUCCCUCUUGAGACUCCUUUCAAUGCAAUAUUGCCGGCCUGCAGCUGGAAAUCGCGCGAGAGCUGGGAUCGCGGUCUGUUAUAUGAAAACAUUAAGAGGAUUAGGCGAGCAAGUCGUCGAGACCAAGUACCCGGAGAUCGCACGAAGCUUGUUCGUUGAUGUUCUCAGCAACCACGUCGUGUAUCAGAACCGCUACCGCCUCCUGAGCACGAGAAAAUAUGUAGCAGUCAUUCUCGAAACGGUCAUUGGCCGCGAUAUGCUGGGAGAGUCCGGGCAGCUUAGUGCUGCAAAGUUCUUGGUCAAUGAGAUCUUGAAAGACUACCCACAAGCCCUCAAAGAGCGACCAGAGCCAUCAAAGCAAACCUUGAUUGGAGCUCUCAGUACGCUUUCGUCACUGUUUAAUAGUCUAGGGUCGGCCACCAAUGUUAUCGCCGACUCGUGUCGAGAUGCCCUACUUCAAGUCCUCCAGCAUCCCAGUUAUACGGUUCAAGUCACGGCAUCUACUUGUCUUCGCGCGUUUGUCCUCGCCUGCCCACUUCAACUUCUUCCUGCCGUCACGAUAUGUAUGAACAGUGUCAAUCGAGAGCUCGGCCUUCUUGCUGGCCCGAGACAGUCGCCUCGAAAGUGUGUCGGUUUAGCUAAUGGUCUCUCCGCUGUGCUGAGCACAUCAACAUCUCAGCCACUCCACGGAUCCGUCGAUGUGAAUUCAAGAGUUCUCUCACAGGCCACAUCGCUGUUGAAGUCGGCUAGCAACUCCGAUCUGAGGAUCUCAUCUACGCAAAUACAAGUUGCGUGGAUAUUAAUAGGAGGUCUCAUGACCCUUGGUCCCAAUUUCGUCAAGAUCCACCUUUCACAACUACUCUUGUUAUGGAAGAAUGCGCUACCCAAGCCGUUGAAUAAGGACAAUAUGGUGCAAAGAAACUUCUUAGAGCUCAGCUUUCUAGCACACGUACGAGAGUGUGCCCUCGGCUCCAUCUUGACGUUCUUGGUAUUCAACAGCAGGUUACUCACACUGGAUGUGACAAAACGUCUGGCUGCGAUGCUCCAAAACACCACCAUGUUCUUGAACACAUUGCCUGCCAAGAAAAUAACAGACGACAUCUCUCAACGACUGUCGCCUGCAUUGCAACUACAUGAUUUCGACUUGAUGGUCCGAAGAAGAGUGCUUCAAUGUUACACAAAGCUCGUGGAGCUUAGCCCAGCAAGCAGCAAUGAGGUCUUGCUACAAACGAAUCUGCUUCCCUUCGCUAUUGCGUCUUUUGCGGAACCGGACAACUAUACCACGAGUUCCUUCAGCACGACUAUCGCUAGCGCUGCUGGCACCUUCGAGAGCAUAUGGGAGGUCGCAGACAAUCACGGUUUUGGCGUUACUGGGCUUGUCAGAGGCUUUGAUAUUAAGCCAUUGCCAGGAGAGCAUGAAACCGAGUCUCGGCACCAUUGGCUCACUCGACAUGGGCCUGAAGAUAUCAUCGAUCGUACCCUGCUUUCGCCAAUUUGUGGUGCUCGAGAACAUGACUCGAUAUCUUUGUACAUCCGUCCAUCAAACGACGCAACUGAGCUUCCAGAUCCCCCAGCUACCGAAGUCGUGAACGCCGCAUUACAGCUGUUCGCAAUAUGUUUACCAUUGCAAACCCCUAGAAUACAAGAAAGCAUCCUAGAGCAGAUGACAUCAUUCCUCUCGGCAAGUAGUCUUCAGCGAGACAUCAACAGAAAAACCGCGAUGAUGGUGAACAUUGCAUACGCGAUACUAUCGACACUAAAAGUAGCUGUAAAGGAGACGCGUUCUGCUUCUGGAAGUCUGAAAGGGCCGGCGGUGGAGAAGGUCAUGCAAGAUCUACUACACUUGUUUAUCAUUCUUCCUGACCCCUACGUUCGAAACCUCGCUGGAGAAGCCUUGGGUCGGCUUUGCAACAGCUCUGGAAAUUCUCUCACUACCAACGAGGUGAAUUAUCUAGUUGAUCAAAUCGUCGCAAAUCGUGAACCCAACGCUCGAUCAGGCUAUGCCGUUGCGCUCGGCUGCAUCCACUCCCAACUUGGUGGUAUGGCCGCUGGCUUUCAUCUCAAAAACAUUCUCGGGAUAUUGAUGUCUCUCGGCAACGAUCCGCAUCCCGUCGUCCACUUUUGGGCGAUCGACAGUUUGUCCCGAGUGGCUGAUUCCGCUGGAUUGUCAUUCUCCAGCUAUGUCACCAGCACACUCGGUAUGCUAGCUCAGUUGUACGCUGCUGAUACGCAUAACGACGAAUCUGCCUCUCUUGCAUCGUCAAACAUAGAAAUCGACGUACCCACUCCAGCUGUCAUUGCUCGAUGCAUCGAUAGUACGAUCAAUGUCCUCGGCCCGGAUCUUCAGGAUGUAGCUAAGGCACGAGAUCUGAUACUGACGCUUGUUGGGUUAUUCCAAGGGGAGGCUGAUGAGUUGGUAGUCAUCGAAGGUUUACGGUGCCAGGAACACAUAUCGUUAUACGUGCCGGGUCAUAUGGACUUCUCGGCGUAUGUCAAGCAUCUACAGCGAUCUGUAGAAAGUAGCUCAACACAGAUUCGAGACAUGGCUAUCGAUGGUCUACACAACCUCAUGCGGCGAAACACCGAAGAGGUCAUACGCUCUGCCGAUCUAGGCUUGGAAGAUCAACUUUGGCAUGUACUCGACCGAGACUCUGAGCAUGAGGUUGUCCGAAACAUUAUCCGCAACUGGCUGCAUCAGACCGGGUUGUCAGACACAGCGACAUGGGUGCAGCGGUGCCAUUCAGUCCUCACGAAGACAAAGAAAGUCGACGCUCAAGAUUUAGCUGAAACGAAGCCAAAAGCAGGAGCGACAGACUUGCAAGACGAAGAGGUUGCAGGCUUCGCAGCUGCGUCGAACGCCCCUGGAGCAGAGUCUGGAGACGCCAGACAAACCAGCCAAGAACUUCUCAAGUGGCAGGUACGCACUUUUGGCAUGGACUGCUUGAGCGAGCUGGUCGCAAUGGUCGGCAAGGAGGCCACAUUUCGAGCAGAGUCGCCUUGUGUGAUGGCAUUGCAGCAGAGAGUUGCUGAUGUUGUUCGUAUCGCAUUCUCUGCAUCUACUGCUGGUGUUGUUCAGCUACGGAUAAGAGGAUUGAAGAUCAUCGAUCAAGUGCUGAAGCUCUUCGGGAAGACUCCAGACCCCGACUUUGCAGAAGUUACACUGCUCGAACAAUACCAAGCUCAGAUCGGAUCAGCGCUCACCCCAGCAUUUGCUGCAGACUCUUCUCCAGAGCUUGCAGCUGAGGCUGUUAACGUCUGUGCUACAUUCAUUGCCACGGGCAUCGUUACAGAUGUAGAUCGGAUGGGUCGUAUUCUCAAGCUCCUCGUCACUGCGCUUGAGAACUUCUCCAGUGAAACAGAGACCGCUGCUAUUGGUGAUCUCAAAGGGCUCAGCUCAAAUGCACAGGUCAUGGUCAAGAUGGCAGUCUUCUCGGCCUGGGCGGAAUUGCAGAUCGCUAGUACUGAGCAGACCUAUUUAGUGGAUGUGCUUAAACCACAUAUUGCCAAGCUCACGCCCCUGUGGCUCGCAUCCUUGCGAGAAUAUGCUCGUUUGAGAUUCGAGCCUGACAUCUCUUCGUCAAUGGGAGGAUCAGCCUCUCUAUCUGGUAGCUUGGAUACAAUAUACGCAGCGCUAAACCGCGAGACUCUGCUCAAGUUCUACCAAGAAUCCUGGCUCAAUCUUGUAGAUGCCAUCGCCAGCCUGAUCGACGAGGAUAGCGAGUUUGUAUUUGAUGCUUUGGACGGAAAGACUGAGUUCGAUGAAUCAACGCCUAACGGGAAGGCUGACCACAUCAAUUAUCGCGAUGAGCCAGUCGCCUUCUUUUUCGUGCUCUUCGGCCUCGCCUUUGAAGCACUGGCAGGUCGUCCAGGCGAUCUGCAGGCCUCAAAAGAACAAAUACUGGAGAUUCUGCAAGCUCUGAAGAAGAUAUUACGGCCUUCAGUAUCCGGACAUGCUAUCUACCAAGAAGUCGUGUUCUCCGAGACGAUGGACAUGCUCGAUCGUUUGGUGCUCACUGAGGGGCUGACUGUACAGACGGUCAUUGUUGAAAUUACGAGAAAUCUGUGCCUUGGGCAUCCAUCUGCAAGGAGAGAGCAGCGCACUUCUUCCGCAGACGAAAAUCUCUCGGAUGACAUUGAUCAGCUCUUCGAAUUGACAAAGAUUAUGGUGCUGGUGUUGUCAGGCUUGGUGCCUGGUCUGGAAGACAGCAAUACCAAAGCCCGCCACGAAAUGAACGAGGAAGCUGUUGCUCUCCUGACAACAGCGUUAUCCGCACUCGUCGAUGCUGCCCAAGUCUUCCCAUCGAUCAUCAAAGCCGACUUGCACGCUUGCAUUCUACACAUUUUUGCCACUAUCUUGGGCACCGGAACCUGUCAAGCAACAGUCGUGCCGAAGGCCUUGCCAAUCUUCAAACGUUUCGUUACAAGCCUCGCACCAGAUGCUGAAGCCACCGAUGACACUAGCAAACAACUCCGCGCCACACUGACGCGGUUCCUUGCCAUCCUCAAACACGCACAGCACCGCGAAUUUGAUGCUGCGCUCGUGUGUGAGAAGAACACCAUUUUGGCGACUACGAUCUUGUUAAGUUCUGCCGCGAGUUCGUUCUCACCGAGCGACCCGCUCAUGAAGCGCUUUGUUGACGAUUUGUUCGAUUGUCUUGGGAACAGAAUGACAUCAAAGGUAGCAGCAGGCUGUUGUCGCUCACUGCUACUUCUACCAAAGAAGGGGGCGCUGGAGAUGAGUCUUGCAAAGAUGAUGCUACCCCAGAUUCUCACUUCACUUGCGAAUCCAUCGGAUGUUGAAGGCUUAGAGGAGUCAAGGACGACGCUCGCAUCAACGUUGGUUGCAUUUAUUUCGACAUUGCCGAAGCCGGAGCAACGGCAGAUUGCAGCCAAGGUCAUCAUCCCCGCUCUCUUGUCCCGGGCAGAGAAAGAGCCCAAGGCAACCGCUGAGACGGCAACGCGGCUACUUGAAGUUGCAGGCGCAGACCAGAUAGCGUUCAGAAGCGUAGUCGCAGGCCUAAGCGCUGAUCAAAGGACUUUUAUGGAGAGUGUGCUGAAGAGUGGGCAAGGGCCGGCGAGGAGGGAAGUCAGUAGAGAUGAUGAUGGGCAACCGAAGAUUGCCCUAAAGAUGGAUUUCGGGGCAUGAGCGGAUGCGGUCAAAGGGGGUCGUUGGUAGAAGGGAGUAAGAAAGGAGAGUGAGUUGGCUGAUAGUUGCAUAUACCCUUAUCUGAAGUUGUUUAUAUAUUGCAUUCUAUUGCGGUGAUCAUCAUGAACGAAACCAGAGGAUAUACACCUAGGUGCAGAAGUCUAAUAUAGCUUAGCAAGUUAUUAAAGUCUCGCGC